UAGACACAGCGAAAGUCUAAAGUCUAAUCAACUUAUAAAAUAUUAAUUUAGCAGGACCUUUGUUGUUUGUUUUAUUGUUUUUAAUAGUGUGUCUUUAAUUUGAAGAACAGAAGAACGAGCCAGAAGAUAAUUCAAAUUUAAGUAUGGAAGUAAAACUGAAAUCAAGAACGAGUUUGUGGAAAGUGACCUAAGAAUGCCUAAGAUGUAUCCACAGUGGGUUAUCAUCAUCAAAAAAUCUUGGAGAUUUGAAAAAUGAACCACAAGACAAUUCAGGUAUGGAAGUAAAAUCUGAAAAGGAAGACUUUGUGGAAAGUGCACAAAGAUAUAUACACAGUCAGUUAUCCUCAUCCACAAAUCUUGGAGAUUUGAAAAAUGAACCACAAGACAUUUCAGGUGUGGAAGUAAAAACUGAAAUUAAUGAAGAGUUUGUGGAAAGUGACAUGAGUUAUAUAGAGAGUCAGCUAUCUUCAUCCAUAAAUCUUGAAGAUUUGAAGAAUGAACCAGUAGAAAAUCCAGCUCUGGAAAUAAAGGCUGAAAUUACGGAAGUGUUUGUUGAAGUUGAUCCAAGAUAUACAGAGAGUCAGGUAUUCACAUCAACACAUCUUGAGGAUCUGAAGAAUGAAUCUGAAGAUAACUCAGGCUCUCUCGGAGAGAAGAACACAUUGGCAAAUAUGGAGAAAGUAUCCCUACAUACAUGUAACAAAGAAAGUGUGAUGCAACCAGAUGAAGAAAAAAAUUGUGAAAUUUGUAUUAAGCAGCUUGGCCAUAAAAGUUAUUUAAACAAGCAUAUGAAAAUAUGCACUGGAAAAAAGUCUUACAACUGUGAAAUUUGUUUUAAGCAGUUUAACCAAUCAUGUAAUUUAAAAAAACAUCUGACAGUGCAUACUGGAGAAAAAUCUUAUAAGUGUGAAAUUUGUUUAAAACAGUUCAGUGAAGCAGGUUCUUUGAAAAGACAUUUGAGAGCGCACAGUGGAGAAAAAUCCUGUGAAAUUUGUUUUAAGCAAUUUAGUCAUGCAUCCAGUUUGAAAAUGCAUUUACAAAUGCACACUGGAGAAAAGACUUACAAGUGUGAAAUUUGUUUUAAGCAAUUUAGUCAUGAAUCCAAUUUGAAACUGCAUUUACGAAUGCACACUGGAGAAAAGCCUUACAUGUGUGAAAUUUGUUCUAAGCAAUUUAGUCAAUUAGGUGAUUUGAAAAAACAUUUGAGAGUGCACACUGGGGAAAAGCCAUACAAGUGUGAAAUUUGUUUUAAACAGUUUUGCCAACCAAGUAAUUUGAAAAGACAUUUGAAAGUGCACACUGGAAAAAAAUCCUGUGAAAUUUGUUUUAAGCAAUUUAGUCGUGCAUCCAGUUUGAAAAUGCAUUUACAAAUGCACACUGGAGAAAAGACUUACAAGUGUGAAAUUUGUUUUAAGCAAUUUAGUCAUGAAUCCAGUUUGAAAGUGCAUUUACGAAUGCACACUGGAGAAAAGCCUUACAUGUGUGAAAUUUGUUCUAAGCAAUUUAGUCAAUUAGGUGAAUUGAAAAAACAUUUGAGAGUGCACACUGAGGAAAAGCCAUACAAGUGUGAAAUUUGUUUGCAGCAAUUUACUCUAGCAGUUGGGUUAAAAAAACAUUUAAGAAUUCACACUGGAGGAAAGUCUUACAAAUGUGAAAUUUGUUUAAAGUUAUUUAGUCAUGCAGCAAGCUUAAAAGUACAUUUAAGCAGGCACACAGGAGAAAAGCCUUACAUGUGUGAAAUUUGUUCUAAGCAAUUUAGUCGAUCGAUUGAUUUGAAAAAACAUUUAAGAGUGCACACUGGAGAAAAGCCUUACAAGUGUGAAAUUUGUUUAAAGUUAUUUAGUCAUGCAGCCAGCUUAAAAGAACAUUCAAGCAUGCACACUGCAGAAAUGCCUUACAAGUGUAAAAUCUGUUUUAAACAGUUUACCCGAUCAAGUAAUUUGAAAAGACAUUUGAAAGUGCACACUGGAGAAAAAUCUUUCAAUUGUGAAAUUUGUUUUAAGCAGCUUACUAGAGCAAGUAAUUUGAAACAACAUUUGAAAUUGCACACGGGGGAAAAGCCACAUACAUGCGAAAUUUGUUUUAAGCAAUUUAGUGAAAUGCGUGAUCUGAAAACACAUUUGAGAGUACACACUGGAGAAAAGCCUUAUAAGUGUGAAAUUUGUUUAAAGUUAUUUAAUUAUGCAUCCAGCUUAAAAGAACAUUUAAGCAGGCACACAGGAGAAAAGCCUUACAUGUGUGAAAUUUGUUCUAAGCAAUUUAGUCAAUCGAAGAAUUUGAAAAAACAUUUAAGAGUGCACACUGGAGGAAAGCCUUACAAGUGUGAAAUUUGUUUAAAGUUAUUUAGACAUGCACCCAGCUUUAGAGGACAUUUAAGAAGGCACACUGGAGAAAUGCCUUACAAGUGUGAAAUUUGUUUUAAACAGUUUAAUCUACCAAGUAAUUUCAAAACACAUUUGGAAGUGCACACUGGAGAAAAAUCUUUCAAUUGCGAAAUUUGUUUUAAGCAAUUUAAUUAUGCAUCCAGUUUGAAAAUGCAUUUACAAAUACACACUGGAGAGAAACCGUACAAGUGUGAAAUUUGUUUUAAGCAAUUUAGUCAAUCAGGUAAUUUGAAAAAACAUUUGAGAGUGCACACUGGGGAAAAGCCUUACAAGUGUGAAAUUUGUUUAAAGUUAUUUAGUCAUGCAGCCAGCUUAAAAGAACAUUUAAGCAUGCACACUGCAGAAAUGCCUUACAAGUGUAAAAUCUGUUUUAAACAGUUUAACCGAUCAAGUAAUUUGAAAAGACAUUUGAAAGAGCACACUGGAGAAAAAUCUUUCAAUAAUUGUGAAAUUUGUUUUAAGCAGUUUACUAGAGCAAGUAAUUUGAAACGACAUUUGAAAUUGCACACGGGGUAAAAGAUACAUACAUGCGAAAUUUGUUUUAAGCAAUUUAGUGAAAUGAGUGAUCUGAAAACACAUUUGAGAGUACACACUGGAGAAAAGCCUUAUAAGUGUGAAAUUUGUUUAAGGGGGUAUUAGUACGCUAUGGUCAAGAUAGGUGGCGAAUUUGUAAACUAACGUUUAACAAUUCUUUGAAUAGAUGGCAGCACGUACAUAUAUUUUAUUAUUAAAUUUAGUUCUCUGAACGACACAGCAUUGAUGCCACGCACUCGAAGUUACGAUUCGGCACAUUUCGCUCUCAGUCGUACUUUGUAUUUACAUACGACCGUUUUUAAUUCUUUCUUUACCUGCCUAGGGUAAAUUGUCAUUAAUAGAUAAUAAACGUUCAUUCAUUUGGAAAUAGUUUAUUAUUUAAUAUUGUAUUUACAGACGGCAAUUCGUAAUUCUUUACCUGCUCAAAAAGAUUGAUUUCAAACUAAAGAAAUUUGCAAUUAUUUGAAAUACAAAUAAGUGCCUAUUAGACAAGCGAAAACGGCGGGUUCGAAGGGAAAAAUAUUCCCAUGAGAUUUUUUUGCAUAAUCACAUUCGUGAGAUAUCCCAGAAUAAGGUUCAAGAAGUCGCCCACGUGAAAAGUGGGCCAAUUUUUUUUUAACAAUUUUUUUUUUAAUCAAAUUGCAAGAAUCAAUAUUUUGGCCCGAACAAUUUUUUUUUUAAUUUUUUGGACCAUUCUGGACAAAAAAGGUCUCUUAUAAUUUUUCUCUAAAGUUGAUCGUUUUCGACUUAUAAGCAAUUUAAAAUUGAAAAAAACGAAAAAUGGCGAUUUUCAAGGCUUAAUAACUCGGUUAAAAGUUAUUAUUAUGAAAGUCAAUAUAUGACUAAAUCAAAGUUUAAAGCCACCCCUACAAGAUCCUGAAGAAAUUUUUGUUAUUAUUUUAUUACUAAGCUGUUAUUUUUAAGUAAAGUUACGCGCCAUGCACGUGUGCGGCCACUGUAAAUUCUGAGUGCGAGAGAGAAGCCAUUCCAGCAGCCCAAUUGUGCAUCGUACUCGCACUCACAUUUACAGCGGCGUCAAUAUGAUCUAACCGCUCUUUUUUAUUAAUUAAAAAUAACAGCUUAGUAGUAAAUUAAUGACAGAGAUUUCUUCAGGAUCAUGUAGCGGCGACUUUAAACUUUGAUUUAGUCACUUUCUGACUUUCAUAAAAAUAAUUUUUAACCGAGUUAUUAAGUCUUAAAAAUGGCCAUUUUCGCUUUUUUCAAAUUUUAAAUUGCUGAUAACUCGAAAAAGAUCAACUUUAGAGAAAAAUUAUAAGAGAGUUUUUUUGUCCAGAAUGGUCCAAAAAACCUAAAAAAUAAUAGUCCGGGUCAAAAAUAUUGAUUUUUGCAAUUUGAUUAAAAAAAAAUUGUUAAAAAAAGAUUGGCCCACUUUUCACGUGGGCGACUUCUUGAUCCUUAUUCUGGGAUGUCUCACGAAUGUGAUUAUGCAAAAAUAUCUCAUGGGAUUAUUUUUCCCAACGAACCCGCCGUUUCCGCCUUGUCUAUAUCUAAUGACCAAAAAAGAAUUAUGCUAAUUCUCAGAAUGAAGAUCGAGUAUAAAAUUAGUAUUUUUAAUAAAUGUAAAAUACGUAAGUCAAUUAAAAAACAGCGUCACUACAAACUUUUUCAUAUUGAAUGUUUUAUCAACAAGAGAAGUUUUUUCCUCGGAAAAUUUCACAUUUUCAUUUCAUUUCUCAUUUCAAUAUUCGAGGCAGAAUAAUAAUUAGCCUAAUGAGCCACUUACUUAAAACAUUUUUAAAAGUGAUAUACGGCAGAAUAUAUAAAAAAUACGAAGAACAAGUAUCAUGGACAAAGAUUGGCUUCCGCAAUGCCUUGCCCUUAGGCACCCGAGAGGCUCUAUUGACUGUCCAAGUGCUUAUGCAGAGGUGCAGAUAUGUCAACUGUGACGUACCUAUAUAUUUGUUUUAUCGACUACAAAAAGGCAUUUGAUAGAGUACAACAUGAUAAGCUCACAUACUCAUCAUAACCAUCUUGGAGGAAACUGGAUUAAAUGAUAGAUCUAAACAACAUUAGAUAUCCCGACGACGCAGUAGUUUUUGCAGAUAGCUAGAUGAUUUGCAAAGAAUAAUGUCGCGCAUAUAAGACAUAAGUAGUGAACAUGGAAUUUCAAUACGAAAAAAAAAGAAAGUAAUGGUAGUCAUUAAGAGCGAAAUAUAUUACAUAUACGGCUUUUGGUUAACCAACAACCAAUUGACAGAGUGGACAGCUACACAUACCCUGGUACCUACAUAAAUAUUCAAUGAGACCACUCUAGUGAAAUAAAACAACGCAUAGGAAAAGCGAGAUCAGCGUUCAUAAUGAUGAAGUCUCGUUUCAGAAGUCACAUUUACCACUUGUUAACAAAAUUUCUAUUAUCAGAUCCUAAGUAUUUUCUAGAUUAUUAUACUGAGUAGAAGCCUGGACUCUUUCCAAAACUUCUUUAAGAAAACUCAAGGCAUUCGAGAUGUGGUAUGACAGUCGCAUUUUAAGAAUUUCGUGGAUGGGUCGUGUGACCAAUGUUGAGGUCUUACGUAGAAUGGGAAAGGAAUGCGAGAUUAACACACAUUAUUAUCAAAGAGCGCAAAGUAGAAUAUCUUGGCCAUGUUAUGAGCAAUGAACAGAGAUUGCCGCUACUCAUUCUUCAGGGCAAGGUAUUGGGAAGAGAGGACCAGGGAGAAGAAGAAUAUAUCUGAGAAACUGGUUCAAUACCUACAUCGACAAACAGACUAUUCCGAAUAGCAGCAUGCAAAGUUAGGAUAGCCAUGCUGAUCGCCAACAUUCGGAACGAAUAAGCACCGUGAGAAGAAGAAUAUCUCAUUUUAAAUUCUUCUUCAUGUGCCUCGUCCGUUGCGGACAUUGGCACGUUAGUCCAAAUUAUUGGCGUAAGUUUUGAAGUCAUGAGUGUCUUCUUCUUCUGGGUCCACGUUUGCUCUCUAUUUUACUCUGUAUUGUCAGUGGCAGUAUACGAUAUUUAUCAUGUCUCAUAAUGUGAUCGAGGUAUUCAGGUUUCCGUUUCUUAAUUGUGAAAGAGAUUUCUUAUUUUUGUUUUCUCCUCAGCGCAAUACCUCUACGUUGGUAGUGUGAGUCGUCCAGGACAUUUUGAGGAUAAGUCGGUACACCCACAUUUCGAAUUCCUCUAGCUUUUUCAUUAAUGUUUCCGUUAUUGUCCAGGCCUCUGCUCCAUACAGCAAGACCGGAAAGAUAUCAUUUUAGCAGCCGUAUUUUUAGUGGGAUAGAUAUGUCGGAUUUGAUAAAAAUAUAUUUCUCAUGUUAUUAGAUGUUGCUCUGGUGUUUUCAAUUCUAGAUCGUAAAAAUUCUGCACCAAGGUGAGAUUCGAACUCACGACCUUUAGGUCCAAAGGUAGGCGUUCUUACCACUGAGCCACAGACGGAUUACAAUCAUGAUUGAAACUCAAACAAAGUCCAAAAUGUUUACUGGCAGGGGGAGGGGCCACUUUUCUAAACAAAACCACGUGAUUCGUGGUUCUAUUAUAUUCUGACCUAACGUGAUCGAGGAGUUUUCGUCCAUGUUUAUCAUAAUCUUUGUUUUAUUAUAACUCAUCCUCAGUCCUAUUUUUUCGGCUUCAUCCUUUAAUUCGUCUAGCAUGGUUUUUAAUGCUACUUUUAUAUCAGCGAUUAAGAUUAUAUCGUCCGCAUAUCGUAAGUAAAUUUUUUUUGAAGACAUCUUCCAGCGCUUGAUUAAAUAGUUUUGGAGAUAUUGUAUUCCUGUCUAACUCUUCGUUUUAGUUGAACUGGUUCUGUUCCUACAUAUACACAAUUUUAUUCUAGUUGAGGCAUUCCUAUAUAUGUUCUCUAUCAGAUCUGUAUAUCUGUACCUAUAUCAGGUAUCAGGAGUUUUUUGGGUCCCAAUGUUCUACAUUCUACACAAUAAAACGCUUUUUCAAAGUCACAGCGUCACUACAAUAACAAUUUUUUUCAUAUCGAAUGUCAACACGGGAAGUUUUUUUCCUCGGAAAAUUUUACAUUUUCAUCUCAUUUCUAAUUCUUCUUCUUCAUGUGCCUUGUCCGUUGUGGACGUUGGCUAUCAUCAUAGCAAUUUUAAUUUUGUUUACAGCGUCUCUAUAACUCGAUCGAUGUUAGUCCAAACCAUUGGCGUAAGUUUUGAAGCCAAGAGUGUCUUCUUCUUCCGGGUCCACGUUUACUCUCUAUUUUACCCUAUAUUAUCAGCUGCAGUAUACGAUAUUUAUCAUGUCUCAUAAUACAUGACCGAGGUGUUCACGUUUUCGUUUUUUAAUUGUGAAAGAUAUUUCUUUUUGUUUUCGAGUUGACGACUGUUCCAAGGUAUACAUAUAAUUCUACGUGUUGAAUUGGUUGUUUAUUUUCAAUUGUCUGGCAGGUUUUUGAGUUUUGCUCACCAGUGUCCAUUUUUCUUUUAUUUAUGUUGAAGGUUAAAUUCUCUUUUUUCACUCGCUCUUUAUAGGUACCCGGGUAUGACAGGCCUGUCCAUAAGAUGCUGAAGUUAAUCGAUACUGCUAGCAACCACAACUGUAUCGUCUGCAUAUCGGUUUAUCUAAUUAUUACUCCAGUAAAUUUCAAUAUUUUUUUUCACUUACGGAAAUAUUUGACAUAAAUUAAUCAAUGAUUAUACAAUAUUGUUUUGUCUACAAUUUUUUUAUUAGGAUAAUGCCUCAACAAAUACUAAUGGCCAUUGGCAUGUGUAAUGUGUGUAAAAAUGUCGACGUCAUCGUCUUUACAAAGAGACGCUAAUUGUAUCCGAACAAUGCAUUAUUCGCGGCCCUAUAAAAAUUAAAUUUGCCAGAAAGUGAAUAAAACUGAAAUUGUUUUUAGAUCCGCCCCACAUAACAUACUAGAGCUUACUUAUGUUAUCUAUGUAUUAUGUCAAAACUAGUAUAAUCCCCCAGUAAACACUUUGAGACAUUUUGAGCCUCGUUUAACUUUCAACCUUCGUAUAACGUCACGGAUUCAAGCAUAAAAAAUGUAUAUUUGUAUUGUUAAGACACUGUGACGUUAUACAAUCAUAAUUGAAAGUGAAAGUCAAACAAGGUCCAAAAUGUGUACUGGGAGGGGGUGGGGCCACUUUUCUAAACAAAACCGCGUGAUUCAUCGUAUUUCCGUGGUUACAAAACUCGUUUUCAAUUGUUUGUAGAUUUUCUUAAAAUCCGGCAAACGCGCAUCUGUCUCCAUUUAAUACAUCACUGCUGACAUCUACUAAAUGACACGUGAACUCAUCUUCUCAUCUAUUAAGUGACAGCGGAACUAAUUUAUCACUAGAAAAAUGCCAACUUAUUGCUGUAAUUUCAAUAAAAUCCCCAGAUUGCAGCUUUUAACUAAAAUUUUUACCUUUAGGUACAGUUAAUUUAAAAAUUAUGGCAGUAUGGACAAUGAAAUUUUGUUUAAAAUAAAGCUUUUUGCAUAGUUAAUCGUUUCUGGUAGUUAUUUUCCACCCAAGUUCAAAAAUUAUUAUGCAAAACGAAUUUUUAUAGCAAGUUACGAAGUAAGUUAUGACAUGGACUCCUUUAAGUACAGUUAUAAAAAAUAUACUGCUUUCUUUGGAAAUUUUAACUAGAUACUAUUAAAAUAGAAAGUCUACAGUUCACGUACCUACCCCUUUGAAGAUUGGUUUUGAAAUAGUGACGGUAACUGUACCUAAAAACUAUAUAAAUUUUAACAUUGUGUCAUACCACCUUAAAGUUAUUUAGUUAUGCAUCCAGCUUAAAAGAACAUUUAAGCAGGCACACAGGAGAAAAGCCUUACGUGUGUGAAAUUUGUUCUAAGCAAUUUAGUCAAUCUAAUAAUUUGAAAAAACAUUUAAGAGUGCACACUGGAGGAAAGCUUUACAAGUGUGAAAUUUGUUUUAAACAGUUUAAUCUACCACGUAAUUUGAAAACACAUUUGAAAGUGCACACUGGAGAAAAAUCUUUCAAUUGCGAAAUUUGUUUUAAGCAAUUUAAUUAUGCAUCCAGUUUGAAAAUGCAUUUACAAAUGCACACUGAAGAGAAACCGUACAAGUGUGAAAUUUGUUUUAAGCAAUUUAGUCAAUCAGGUCAUUUGAAAAAACAUUUGAGAGUGCACACUGGGGAAAGGCCUUACAAGUGUGAAAUUUGUUUAAAAUUAUUUAGUCAUGCAGCCAGCUUAAAAGAACAUUUAAGCAUGCACACUGCAGAAAUGCCUUACAAGUGUAAAAUCUGUUUUAAGGGCACCCAAAGACUGAAAAUUUAUUUUUUUUAAGUUUUUUACGUUAUGAUUGAAAAAUAUUCUCUGAAAUCUUCUCUUUUCAACGAUAUAUAACACAUUAUAGUACAAAAUAUCCAUGGUUAUCCAUUAGAGUGUUUUAUGUUUGUGCGAUUUCCCGAAUACUAGGUUUUUAACUUUUGAUGUCAGAUAUCUCUGGAUUCUUAGAUGAUAUAAGGUCCAAAUUUUUACAGUGGUUGUAGAUAGAUAAUGUCUUAAAAAAUAAAAUCCCAACUUUUUUGGGUUUUUUUUGUAGGAGUAUUUUAAAAAAAUUUAAAAUAAAUGUUUCUUUCACUCUAACUUUACAAAAAUCUACGCGGGACUAAACAAUAGAGAGUUAUUAGAGAGAUAUCGAAACCCUAUUUUACAUCGUCCUUUAAUAAAAGAUCCUUUAUUUUGACAUAAAUAACCAUGCUUAUAUGUCAAAAGUGUCAAAAUAAAGGAUCUUUUAUUACCAAACGACGGUUUCGAUAUCUCUCUAUUGCCAACGUCUUUUAAGUCGGCCUGUAAUAAAAGAUCCUUUAUUUUGACAUAUAAGCAUGCGCAGUAUUGCGUCUUUAAUUUUUGUCCUUUAAUAAAAUACAGGCCGCCUGUAUUUCAGGAAAAUUAGAAGACACCCUUCUUUUAAUAAAAGUUCCUUUAUUUUGACAUAACGUGUCAAAAAUGUGAAGAAAGGUCUAACUUCACUUGUAUUUUGAAUUUAUCUUGUCUUGUCCCUUCUUUCUUUGGAUUGAUAAUUUAUGUAUUGUGGGAUUGAUAUUUGAUUAAACUUUCAUCAUUAAAGUUGUGUGUUGGGUUUUCUUUAUUAAAAAGAACUCUAAGUAAUAUUCUCAGAUAUAGAUUAUUGAUGUUUUGACCCAAACGAAUAUAAAAAAAGAACAUUUUAUUGAAGUUUGAGUUAUUACAAAAAGUUGUAAAAAGGAAUAUAUAAUGUAAAUAAUUUUAAAGUGUUACUAAUUACAAUGAUCAGACAUAGAAUAUCAUUAAUUCAUUUAUUAAACUCGAUAUAUUUUUCAUUUUUGUAUAGAAAUAAAUAUUUAUUAUAGAUAUAAGAGGUAAUUUCAAUAAAUUUUAAUGAAGGUUAGGAUUUGUUAAAAUUCUAGAUUCAAAAUAGAGUUCAAUUCAACAGAUAUAUAACAACAGGUUAACAAAAUAAAACAAAGUUUCAAGUAUGUAUUUAUUUUUGAAAAUUUAAUCUUUUAUAGAUUAGAAACUAUAAAAUUUUUAAUCAGAAGUAUUAAUACACUUUUAUUUUCAUAUCAUCUUCUUUUGGUUCCUACCCGUUUCAAAUCGUAUUGCAAAUUAUAUUAGCAAUCAUAACCUUCCUAGCUGCGAUUUGAAACAGUUCCAUUGAUAUUCUCCCUCUACCGGGUUUUCACUUACCUUUGACUCUACCUUUCAAUAUGUACUGCAGCAGGGAGUAAUGGUGCUGAUUUCUCAUAUAUGUGUCCUAGAUACUGCAGUUUUAUGCGUUUAAUGGUAAACACAAUGUCUAAUUCCUUUUUCAUUCCUCCUAGAACCCCCUUGUUCGUGAUCCAUUCCAUGCCGUCAUUAUUUGUUUAUUUAAACACUGAUAAAAAAAUUAAUAAAAAACCACCAUAAAGCUUAAUUCUUCUAUUAUAUUUUUGUCUGUCGGGAAGUUUAUCUGACAGAUUAGAUAUUAGAGGACUUUUCAUUUCCAGAUAACUAAUUAUUGGGAAGUUUAUAUAACAGUAUCCUUGGUACAUGACAAUUAUAACGAAAAGCACUUUACCGAAACCUCACUAGACCGAAAUGGUACAUACAUUUAAAAAGAUUGCAGUAAAUAAUUAUGCUAAGAUUUUGAAUAUCUGUCUUUCUGUUUAUUGUAUUUUUUUGUAUUAUUUUAUAUAUAGACUGUGUACAGUCUGAUAUAAAAUAAUUUUCAUCCGUUAAAAAAAUUAGUGGAGGUAAAAAUAAAUUAAGGGUAGAGUGACAUUAACACCAUUUUAACUGUUUCUAAUAACCAUCCAAAUAACAUUUAGUUGUAAUUAUAUUAUUUGUCUUAUCUCUUUUACUGCGACAAAUAAAAAGAAGAAGAAAAAAUAAACAAAAAACAAAGCAAAAAAACAACCUCUAAACUCGCCAGUACUUUGUGCUGCGAGUCCUAAGCCUGGUUAAAGGGUGAGGGGAGGUUGAUGUUACCCUUGCUCAGAUUACAAUCCUGUUUGAGCACCCUGUAUUAUGUACCUAUUGCUUUUCGGUCUCCUACUGUUCGGUCUAGUGAGGUUUCGGUAAAGUGCUUUUCGGUCUAAUGAUUUCGGUCUCUACAGUAAACCAGUAUCCUUAAUAUCUGUCUUUUCAGCUCCGGAUUACUAGUUAACGGAAGUUUUUCUCUGUCAGAUAUCUGUUAGUAUCUAAUCUGUCAGAUAAACUUCCUGAUAACUAGUUAUCCAGAGGUGAAAAGAGAGGCCCAUAAUGGAUCGUAAUGAACAUAUUUUAAAUGAUAAAAGAUUAUAACACCAAUAGCAUGUAUAUAUUUAUAAAUUUUUUAUUUAAAACCUGCUAAUGAUCAUAAAAUACUUAAAAUCAGUCACCAAUAUGAUAUUUAUUUAUAAAUUUAUUAACAAACUGCAGUCCAAUAAAAAUAAAAUUAGUUUAAGCUAGCUUUAAAUGUCGAACAAUAUUUUUAAACAAACACACACACACACAAUUUAGUUGCAUUAGAUUAGCUCCUGGUUGAAAAUGUACUGCCACAGCUUCUAUAUCAAUAUCAACAGCACACUCACUGUUAAUGAACUAAUUAUGUGUUAUCGAGUUUAAUUAAAUGAAUUUGUUAAUAAAUUAUUUAUUAGCUUA